AUGGACGGUCAAGGCCGUCCCAAGCUGGACCGCGAGGAUUCAUCUAAGCAGCUUCAGGAGCCCGGCCAGUUAUCGGACGCCACAUCAUCAUCAGAGCUGGCUGGCGCGGUUUUUGACGCCAAGUCAGCACGGAGAGGCCGCGUGGACGUAUCGCGACAUAAUCUGCCCCUGAGCAGCAUCGUCAACCAGGCGGCGGUGAAGGAGGCGCUGCUGGCAGCGGCAGUAGAUCCGGGGCUGGGAGGGGUGGCGCUGGUGGGGGGCCACGGCACGGGCAAGACCGUCAUGGCGCGCGCGCUGCCCCUGCUGCUGCCGCCCAUUGCCGUUGUUGAGGGCAGCUGGGCCAAUGCGGACCCGCUCAUGCCGGAAGAGUGGGAGGAGGGGCUAAGGGAGAGCAUAAGGGAGCGGGGGUGCGACGAGCACCAUCCACCCAUCACCCUCUGCAACCCGCCUUUUGUGCAGGUGCACCUAGGAGUGAUGGAGGGUGGGCUACUGGGAUCGGUGGACGUGGACGGCAGAGGCCUCACAUCCGCUGUACCGCCUUGCACCCCCUCGCAUCCCUCGAAUCCAUGUCCCCUUGUGCCCUCCCUUGCACAGGUGCCGCUGGGAGUGACGGAGGACCGGCUGUUAGGGUCGGUGGACGUGGAGGCGUCCAUCCAGGCGGGCCGCAACAUCUUCCUGCCGGGGCUGCUUGCGCCAUCAUUCGUGGCUCUCACUCACCGCUAUGCCACUCACCGCUAUGCCACUCACCGCUAUGCCACUCACCGCUAUGCCACUCACCGCUAUGCCACUCACCGCUAUGCCACUCACCGCUAUGCCACUCACCGCUAUGCCACUCACCGCUAUGCCACUCACCGCUAUGCCACUCACCGCUAUGCCACUCACCGCUAUGCCACUCACCGCUAUGCCACUCACCGCUAUGCCACUCACCGCUAUGCCACUCACCGCUAUGCCACUCACCGCUAUGCCACUCACCGCUAUGCCACCCCGGUCGCUGCCAGCCUGGUCGCUGCCAGCCCGUCAGUGUGGCAUGCGGUGCGAAUCCCCCUUCACCCCUUUCACACCACGGCUGGCUUAUCAGAGCGUGUGGCACCCCGCACACCCCGUGUCGUAUCGUAUCAUUCCCAUGCCGCGCACCAUGCAAGCAGCACGUCCAUCCCAUCCCAUGGCGUGCCACCAUGGCACGGCACAGCACGGCAUACAUUGAAGAUGCCAACCUGCUGGACCUCGCGCUGGGCUAAUGCACCAACCCCCCCCUUCCCCCCAACCGCCACGUCCAUUCCAUAUCCUCCCCAAUCUUCCCGAUUCUCUCCACUUUCCCCUCCCCCUCCCAUGACCCACGCGGGGUGCUCGCGGGGUGCUCUACAUCGACCACGCCAACCUGCUGGACCAUGCACGCACGCCCUCCCAUGCCCCGCACAUUCACCCCCACCGCACCCCACCGCAUCGCAUCCCCCUCCCGUCCUCCCAUCGCAUCGCAUCGACCAUGCCAUCGCGGGGUGCUCUACAGCGAUGCCGCCAAUCUGCUGGAUGAUGGACGCAGUCCCUCCCACCCCCCGCACAUUCAACCCCACCGCACCCCACCGCACCCCACCACACCCCACCGCAUUCCACCGCAUCCCAUUUCCCCCCUAUGCCCCCAGAGUGCCACCGUGGAGUGCUCUAUAUGGACGACGCCAGCCUGCUGGGCGACAUGCUGGCGGCGCUGUUCUUCCCUCUCCCUGA